CUUCUCCCGUUUCAGUGCGGCAUUGUCCUGGGAGCUCUGCUGCUGAUUUUCUGUUCUUGGAUGACUCAUCAAUCCUGCAUGUUCCUGGUGAAAUCGGCCAAUCUCAGCAAGCGCAGGACCUACCCCGGCCUUGCAUUUCACGCCUAUGGAAAAGCAGGAAAAAUGUUGGUGGAAACAAGCAUGAUUGGGCUGAUGCUGGGAACUUGCAUUGCUUUCUAUGUUGUCAUUGGUGAUUUGGGGUCCAACUUCUUUGCCCGGCUGCUUGGACUUCAGGUGUCGGGCAGUUUCCGGAUAGUCCUGCUCUUUGCCGUCUCCCUGUGCAUUGUACUUCCAUUGAGCCUCCAGAGGAACAUGAUGGCCUCCAUACAGUCCUUCAGUGCCAUGGCUCUGAUCUUUUACACCGUGUUCAUGUUCGUGAUUGUGCUGUCGUCCUUCAAGCACGGCCUCUUCAGCGGGCAGUGGCUGCAGCGAGUUAGUUACACUCGUUGGGAGGGCAUUUUUCGCUGCAUCCCCAUCUUUGGCAUGUCUUUUGCCUGUCAGUCUCAGGUCUUGCCUACCUAUGAUAGCUUGGAUGAGCCGUCUGUUAAAAUCAUGAGCUCCAUAUUUGCUUCUUCCCUAAACGUGGUCACCACCUUUUACAUUACGGUGGGCUUCUUUGGCUACGUGAGUUACACCGAAGCCAUUGCUGGGAACGUCCUAAUGAACUUCCCUUCCAACCUUGUGACGGAGAUGAUCCGAGUGGGAUUCAUGAUGUCGGUAGCUGUGGGGUUUCCGAUGAUGAUUCUCCCGUGCAGACAGGCGCUGAACACCCUUCUCUUUGAGCAGCAGCAAAAAGACGGCACCUUCGCUGCUGGGGGUUAUAUGCCCCCGCUUCGGUUCAAAGCCCUGACGCUGGCUGUUGUGUUUGGAACCAUGGUAGGAGGCAUCAUGAUCCCGAAUGUGGAAACAGUCCUGGGCCUGACAGGUGCUACGAUGGGAAGCCUCAUUUGUUUUAUCUGCCCGGCUCUUAUUUACAAGAAGAUCCACAAGAAUGCGCUUUGUUCACAGAUUAUACUGUGGAUUGGCCUGGGAAUACUGGUUAUUAGCACCUAUACCACCUUGUCUGCAACAGAGGACGCCCCUGUGAAGACAGAAGCGGUGGGCUUGGAGCACCUGGAUGGAGAGGAGAACAGAAUUGACCAAGAUUCAGUCAAAAUCCCAG